CUUCCCUUCCUUCCCCACUUCACCCACUUCACUGGGGGAUUAAAAUAGUUUAUUUUGGAUUUUCAGUUGAUAAGAAUAUUUCAUUGUAAUGUUGCGAAGUGCCUCAAAAUUCUCGCGAUAUCGACAGCUAGAGCUUGGUAUUUUACAUAAACCAUGUGGGCCUCAGACACAGAUACGACACAGCUCAAACUCUGGAUCUACCAAGAAAGGGGGCUUUGGUAUCAUAAAAACACUUGCGGGUCUAGCUGCUGUGACUGGAGGCACCUUUUCCUAUGCCAAGUAUGAUCCCGAAUUUAGAGAGUGGCUCAAUACUCAAAUUCCAUACACCAGUGAUGCUAUCAACAUACUCUUUCAAGAGGAUCAAACUUUCUCUGAAAGGUUUGAUAAUUAUCUAGAAAGCAUUCAGAGCUGGUUUGGAGGCUGGUUUUCAGCUAGUGAGCCACAACUUCCAAAAAAAGUUGAUAUAGCACCAGUUAAGAAACAAGAAGUGGUUCCUUACACAGUUACCACCAUUGACAAACCAAAAAAAGAGGAAAAGAAGUCAGAAGAUCCAAAAGCAGUGACUCCAUUGAAACUUGCUGAUCUUGAAAAGGAAAUAACUAGGAAUACAACAGUAGCAGUUGAAACAUAUAACAAAGCCAUUAAUGCCAUAAGAGAUCAAGCAAGGUUUGUGCAAGAAUUGGUGACCAGUGAUCAGAACCGAUUGCCACCCCAGCUUUGGCCAACUCUAAAACAGAAGUCUGAGGUUCUAGAAAGUUUACUUACCACAGCUGAAGAAAGUGCCAAGGCUGCUCAAAAUAAAAUGAAAGAAAUGGAGAAACUGUUAGCCACUGGUGAGGUAGAAGCUCCGGCUUCAGUAAAAGAACAUCUUCAAAGAAAUAUUAAACGAAUGAAAAGCGAUAUUGAAAAGGCUUGUCAAGAUGCGGAGGAUGAAAAGUUUGCAACGAAUGUCACUAAAGGCCUGUGGCCGCGGGUACAAGAAGCUCGGAAGUAUUGGCAGGAUGAACUUGAAAUGCUGUUCCCAGGACUGAAUUUGGACAACCAAAAUGUUACUGCAAUGGCAGAUGAAAUAGGACAAUUUGUGCUGUACUCCUUUGUUAAUGUUCAAUACUUUCAGAAAGAACUUGCUAAGCUCGAGAUGAACGCAGAAAAAAAAUUACGUGAUGCCAUUGAACUGUCAACUAAAUCAAGUGAUUCCAGCGCCUUGGUGAAAGCAGCUGUGGAAGUUGAACUAGAAAAUGAGCGAAGAGAGCUAGAUAUUCAGUAUCAGAGAAAGUCUAUGGAGUUGCGUGCAGCAUGUGAACAGGAAAUUCGAAAGCAACUUCGAAUUCAAACAGAGAUUCAGGCAGAUCACCUCAGAGACUCUAUAAAACUACGAGAAAUGGAGAUUGAAAGAGCUCAUCGUCGAGAGCUUGGAAAAGUGCUUACUGAAGAAAAUACAAAAUACCAGAUGAUAUUGGCUGCUCUCCUAGGUCGAAUGAGAGGCAUCCACCAAGGCUUACAAGAUUUUGUUCAAGUCGACAAAUCUGCUCAAGAAGCUCAAGAUCUGUGGAUAGCGUGUCAAGUUCUCUAUCGCAACUUACAAUCUCCUAAUGGGGUCCAACCCCUUGCUAAUGAAAUAAAUUCAAUCAAGAAAAUUGCUGAAUCUGAUGAAUUGGUCAAAGCAGUUGUUAAAACAUUGCCUCCAGAGGCCACUUCAAGAGGAAUAUUUUCUCCCAGAGUGCUUAGGGAACGCUUUUUAAAGGUUGAGAAAGCAGCCCGGACCUUAGCUGCAGUACCCGAAGAUGGCGGUGCUCUCCCAUUGUAUUUACUUUCUUGGGUUCAGGGCAAUUUGAUGUGGUCAGACACUGAGCUUAUCACAAAAGAGGAAUUAGAGGACUUACCAACAGCUCAUGAACACCUGAAUAACUAUGACCUGUUGUCAAGAGCAAGGUUUUGGGUUGACCGUGGAGAUCUUACUCAAGCAUUGAGGUAUAUGAAUCUUCUUAGUGGAGCAUCAAAAUCGAUUGCCAAGGACUGGAUGAAGGAAGUUCGUAUUUAUUUAGAGUGCCAACAGGCAGCAACUGCUCUAGUUACUCAUGCUUCAGCAAAAGGUCUAAUGUACUCAUAAUACGGUUUAUACAGUAAUUCUUUCCCUUAUUUUUUGUGCUAGAUAGCAAAGACCAGUUAAAACCUGCCACUAGAAUGGCUUUUGUUAUUCAUGGAAGUAAAAUAGAUUGUUCUGCAAUCCUCUUUUAACUUUCACUUUUUAGAUUGUUGAAUUUACCUCUGUUCAUAAGGAGAUUUAUUGAGUUGUUCAACUGUUAAACUACACCUGCUUUCUGAUCACCUGAUCUUCGACAGCAACAAUUUGAAAAGUAUGAGAUACAGAUCAUGUUUGGCCUGUGAAUAAUUCUCAUUGCAAACAGUUAACAUUUUACUUUUCUGUGAUAACAUAACUUUAUGUGGUCAGUUGAGAAAAGAACUCUUUACAAGAUCUACUAUGAAAUUAAUUUUAUGACUGUCACCUAGACUUCAAAAUAAUGGUUUCACUUGAUUACACAGACAACUUGUGAGCUGUAAAUAUAAAUGCAUCUUUAUUGUUACAUACCUGUUUUGGUACUGUUUUACAUUAAAACUUGCCUUUGUAACAUACUGUUAUUUAUUUUGUAGACUGAGGAAGAUACUGUAGUGUCUGCUACAUUAUUUUGUGAUAGAAUUAAAAUGUUAUUCCACAACAAUA